AAGAUUGGUUGCCUAUGUUGCAACAGGAUUCAGGGGGAGUGACCGAUGAAGAAAAAGCUCAAAGUAGGCUAUUCUUUCGAACAGUCAGAAGAGGCAAAGUAAGAAUAAGAGGAUUUGAGAGAAACCAAGGAAGCCUUGUUGUAAAAGGGCAAAAGUGCCCUGUGCCCAGGUCUGGAAUGGCUUUCCAUUUUCUGGGUUACACUGUUCUAGUCCUGUUAUUGGCAUGCUUUACUGCUGUGGCUGCUCAAAAUGCCUGUGGAUCACCUCCUAGAAGAGAACGUGAGCAACCUAUGGAAGACCUGGAUGCAGAGACAUAUGUACAUGGACGUGUAAUAUCAUAUAAAUGCCGCCCUGGGUAUGUUAAAGCUUGGCAUAUUAAACUUAAAUGUAAUGAUGGAGUCUGGCAACAAUUGGCACCUUCUAAGAGCUGCACAGGAAUAUCUUGUGGCCACCCAGGAGAUUCUGAUUAUGCCAGUUUUGAACUUGACCGUGGAGAGGAUUUUACUUUUGGUGCCCGUGUUGUUUAUACGUGUAAUGAAGGGUAUAAGAUGCUCAGCCAAGUUGAUUACCGUGAAUGUCGAGCAAAUGGAUGGACCAAUGAGGUUCCUCAUUGUGAAAUCAACAAAUGUCGUCCAAUAGUACCACCAAGCAACGUGAGGAUUAUUCAGGGUGCAAAAUCUCAAAUGAAUGAAGAUUUUUUAUCUGGUGAUCUAGUGAUAUUUGGAUGUAUUGGACAGUUGAAAAUCAAAGGAUCUAAUAAAAUUACCUGUACAGCUGAUGGCACUUGGAGCGCACCUGUUCCAGAAUGUAUAGAAAUAACUUGCCAGGCAGACCAUAUUGAAAAUGGAAACAUACUAUCUCCAAGGUUCAUUUAUAAGGAAGGUGAGAGAAUCCGAUUCUCCUGUAUUGAAGGAUACACAUUUGCUGACAGACCAGAUGCAUUGUGUACCGAGAAUGGAUGGGGUUCAAAGCUUGAAUGUAAAGAAAUUCAGUGUUUCCCUCCACAAAUGACAAAUGGCCGCUUUCGACCUAGACGAGCUCAAUAUACAUACAAUGAUGAAAUUGAGACAAUAUGUGAUGAAGGGUAUGUCCUUGGAGGCCCAGGAAAAGUUUCCAAAUGCACCGCACUUGAUUGGAGUCCUCCUGCUGUCUGUAAACAAAUUCAGUGUUCCCCUCCACAAAUGACAAAUGGCCACUUUCGACCUAGACAAGCUCAAUAUACAUACAAUGAUGAAAUUGAGACAAUAUGUAAUGAAGGGUAUGACUUUGGAGGGCCAGGAAAAGUUUCC